UGGCACAAACGCUUCAGUGUAUCGAAAGCUUUUCAGCCUUCAGUAACUCUCUAAAUUUCACCCCAGGAAAAAAAUUAAUUCAAACAAUGUCGAAACGGAAUAAGGAUUUAGAAUCUGAAGUUUUAAAUUGGAUUUUUGCGUGUUUGGGGGAACCAGUUCCAGCUGGCGAAUUUGAAGAUAUCCUCAAAGACGGAGUUGUUCUUUGCAAUUUAAUCAAUAAACUUCAACCUGGAUCCGUUAAAAGGAUUCAAAAAAAAGGUACCAAUUUCCAACUUAUGGAAAAUAUCCAAGCUUUUCAAGCCGCUGUGAAAAAAUAUGGAGUUCCUCAAGAAGAAAUCUUUCAAACAGCCGAUUUAUUUGAAAGGCGUAAUGUAGCUCAAGUUGCUCUUUCAUUAUUUGCUUUGGGAAGAUUAACUCAAAAGCAUCCUGAAUGGAAUGGACCAACUUUAGGACCAAAAAUGGCUGAGAAGAAUGAAAGAGCGUUCACUGAAGAACAAUUAAGAGCUCACGAAGGUGAAUUGAACCUUCAAAUGGGUUAUAAUAAAGGCGCCAGCCAAUCUGGACAUGGUGGAUUUGGAAAUACAAGACAUAUGUAAAAGAAUGAAUAAGAUUUUCAUAAAGUAUUUAUAUUUUUUUAGAUAAAACCUAACUUUUUAACUUA